UUACCGCGCGUCACGGCAAACGCGACGCGCGACACAAGGCAUUGAAACGUCGCUAAAGUUUUAGCGGCUUAUCGAAGUUUAAAAACGUUAAGAAAUACGCACAGUUGCCUUAUAAUAAAGUGACAGGAGCGUAAUAAUCAUGGCGUCCACCGCGGCGGGUAAACAGAGAAUCCCGAAAGUGGCAAAGGUGAAGAACAAAGCCCCAGCAGAGGUGCAGAUCACCGCAGAGCAGCUGCUUAGAGAGGCAAAGGAGAGAGAGCUAGAGCUGCUGCCUCCUCCACCCAAACAGAAGAUCACUGAUGCAGAAGAGCUCAACGACUAUAAACUGAAGAAGAGGAAGGGGUUUGAAGACAACAUCAGGAAGAACAGAACUGUCAUCAGCAACUGGAUCAAGUACGCACAAUGGGAGGAGAGCCUGAAGGAAGUCCAGAGAGCUCGCUCUAUAUACGAGCGUGCGCUCGACGUGGAUCACCGCAACAUCACGCUGUGGCUGAAGUAUGCAGAGAUGGAGAUGAAGAACCGGCAGGUGAAUCACGCUCGCAACAUCUGGGACCGGGCCAUCACCAUCCUUCCCCGUGUCAAUCAGUUCUGGUACAAGUACACCUAUAUGGAGGAGAUGCUGGGGAACAUUGCUGGCUGCAGGCAGGUGUUUGAGCGCUGGAUGGAGUGGGAGCCAGAGGAACAGGCCUGGCAUUCGUACAUCAACUUUGAGCUGCGCUAUAAGGAAGUGGACAAGUCCCGCAGCAUCUAUGAGAACUUCGUGAUGGUCCAUCCCGAAGUGAAGAACUGGAUCAAGUACGCUCACUUCGAAGAGAAGCACGGCUACAUCGCUCGGGCGAGGAAGGUGUUCGAGAGAGCUGUAGAGUUUUUUGGUGAGGAGUAUAUCAGCGAGAACCUCUCCGUGGCUUUUGCCAGAUUCGAGGAGAAGCAGAAAGAGUUUGAGAGAGUUCGUGUCAUCUAUAAAUACGCUUUGGACAGAAUCCCCAAGCAACAGGCCCAGGAGCUGUUUAAGAACUACACCGUGUUUGAGAAGCGGUUUGGAGACAGGAGAGGAAUCGAGGAUGUGAUCGUCAGCAAAAGGAGGUUUCAGUAUGAAGAGGAAGUCAAGGCAAGCCCACACAAUUAUGAUGCAUGGUUUGAUUACCUGCGGCUGGUGGAGAGUGACACCGAUGCAGACACGGUUAGAGAAGUGUACGAGAGAGCCAUAGCCAACAUACCCCCCAUCCAAGAAAAGAGACACUGGAGACGCUACAUCUACCUGUGGAUUGACUACGCUCUCUAUGAGGAGCUGGAGGUCAAGGACCCUGAGAGAACGAGGCAGGUGUAUCAAGCGUGUCUGGAGCUUAUACCACACAAAAAGUUUACAUUUGCCAAGAUUUGGCUCUUAUACGGACAAUUUGAAAUCCGACAAAAAAACCUCCAGAAUGCUAGACGAGGCCUGGGCACAGCCAUCGGAAAGUGUCCCAAAAACAAACUGUUUAAAGGCUACAUCGAGCUGGAGCUACAGCUGAGGGAGUUUGACCGCUGCAGGAAGCUCUACGAGAAGUAUCUGGAGUUCAGUCCAGAAAACUGCACCACCUGGAUCAAGUUUGCCGAGCUGGAGGCCAUCCUGGGAGACACAGACCGGGCCAGAGCCAUAUUUGAACUGGCCAUUGGACAACCACGACUCGACAUGCCAGAGGUGCUGUGGAAGUCAUACAUCGACUUUGAGAUCGAGCAAGAAGAAUACGACAACACACGAGGACUUUAUAAGAGACUGUUACAGCGUACUCAACAUGUCAAAGUCUGGAUCAGCUAUGGCCAGUUUGAGCUGUCCAUCGACAGUGACGACCGCAUACAGCGAUGCAGACAGAUCUACGAGGAGGCCAAUAAGAGUAUGCAGAGCUGUGAGGAGAAGGAGGAACGUCUGAUGCUCCUGGAGUCCUGGAGAGACUUUGAGGACGAGUUCGGAUCAUUCGCCAACAAGGAGAGAGUCCAGAAACUCCUGCCGGAGAAGGUGAAGAAGAGGAGGAAGAUCACAGCAGAAGACGGGUCGGAUGCAGGUUGGGAAGAAUAUUAUGACUACAUCUUCCCCGAGGACGCUGCCAACCAGCCCAACCUCAAACUGCUGGCCAUGGCCAAGAUGUGGAAGAAACAGCAGCAUGAGGAUGAGGAAGAGGAAGAUCAGGAGGAAGAAGAAGAAGAAGAAGAAGAAGGACAGCAGGUUCCUCAAGGGAAGGAAGCACAGGAGAGCCCAGAACCAGAGGAGCAGGGACCUGCAGCCCAAAGAGAACGGCCUGAAAACAAGUACGACAACGACGAUCGCGACGAUGACGAAGAGAGCAGCAGUAGUAGUGACAGCGAGAGUGAUGGUGGUGACCAUCAAGAUGACAAGACGGAACAAACAAAAGCGGCCACAGAAAAUCACUGACCUGGUGUGGUGGAACUUAACACGUUAUUUGUCUCCGUUUCGUUCUUUCUGUCUGUCUCUUUUCUUUUGUAACAAUAUAAAGGUGUGACCCAAAUGUGCCAAUCACUUACUGUUAUUCAAUAUGGCAGCCCCCAAACCGAUCGUCGCUUACAUUGUAGUGGAAGAAUCAGAGGGAAUCAUAUUGCAAACGUUUGCACAGUUGUCAUGUUAUUAAUGAUGAUUGAGCAAACAGAGAGUUUUCUGAUUCUGAUGUCUUAUUUUGACAGCCUUUGCAAUAUUACAGGCAAAACUACCAGAGAACUAUCAGAGGCAAAAAUAUUACAGCAGAAACGGUCUAUGACCCUGACUUUUUUUGUACGCUAAUCAGUUAUCAACCUGCACAUGUGUUUUAUAUUUUAUUUUAAAAGACAAAUACAACAAGUGUUUGCUUU